UGAGUGUGAGUGAGGACGCUGUGCCGCCAUCCUGGAAGUCGCGCUACAUUUGACCGCGGGCGGUUGUUUUUAACGAUGUACAGGCAGAGUUUUAGGUCUCCGAGCCCUUCCGGAGCAGGCGGCGGUGAAGGGAGCCCGGGGUCCUUCCGAAGCCCACCGCCGUACCCAGGUCCCGGGGGCCCCAUGCUUCCUCCACCGCUGCCGGCCUGGGGGUAUGGCUCUCCCCACACACCCACCUACGGACACAGGCCGUACGGCAGCGGGCACUCGUCGCCCUCUCAGAGUCCUUACGGGGGAAGGCCCGGCGGCCAUUCCCCAGGUAACACUCCGCCUCGGCGGCCCAGCCCUCGCUAUAAUUCGUCUCCUUACAGCAAGUCUCCUGGAGGAAGCGUGCAGCAUUACCAGCAGCAUCACGGCCGCGGCUACUCUUCUCCCCGGCAGCCCAUGAACUACCAGGGUUCACCCAGGACAUCUUCACCAUAUGGUGCACCGCAUGGCAGAGAGAAAAGAGUGUCUAAUGAUGUGGAAAACUAUUACAGACCUUCAAUGCUUGAGGACCCCUGGGCUAACCUAAAGCCAUUAUCCCUAGCUGACAUAGACCAACAAAAGAGCAAUGAGCAAACAACAUAUACUGGUAAAAAAGGGCGCUAUUUUAGCUAACACCUAAAAUCCAAAGCUUUUCUGGGUAGACUAAAACAUAGCAAUUGGUCAAGGACUCAGAUUUGCAGCUUUUUCUUUUUUAUUUUGAACUAAAAACCUUUUAGCAGAUUUAUUUUUUUAUGGCAUCAGAUAAUAACAACGUAAAACGUUGUGGAAGUCUAGAGCUGUGGUAAACAAUCAGAAAGGCCACCAGCAACGAAGAACAAGUUGUUCUAUCACCAGCGUAUGUCUAGUGACUGUUUUACCUGGGUUUCAGAUUCCAAGACUGGUUCCGACGCGGCAUGGGUUAGGCUUGUCUUUAAAGCCUAAUGGUUUUUUUACUAUUUCUUUCAAUCGAUGGUUUUUAUUUUUAGAGAUCGAGUACAAAAUAGGUUUGUAAUUCUUUGUUUAUACUGCAAGUUUACAAUUUGUAAGCCAUUUUGAUGUGAUAGUUUUGUAUAUGAACAUGUCACGUGGCAUCAUAGUGUCCCCUGGUGCCUUUUUUUUUUUUUUUUUUUCCCCCCGUAGGUUUCAUAUAGUUUUAAACAUCUUGGAAGGUUGUCUACACUCACGCAGGACUUGUCAUGUACAGAAUGGUAUUGUAGAAGCCACGUUCCUCCGAUAUUGACACUUUCAGUGCUGUACACAUUUGCUAUCUUGUUAACAAGGGAGCGUUAAAUUGAGGCUCCUGUAUUCUUUGAGAUAGAGUAUGUAUAUGGUUACGUAUAUAUUUUGUGUUCUUGGCAUUUUUAAUUUAUAAAAUACUAUAAGAAAAUUGUGUGUUAUAAGGCAAAACUGUUCCUUGAUUUCUUAAUGUUAAAGAAAGCUUUUAAAUCUGAAGUGAAGAUGGAAACUCCUCUACAUAAAAUGUUACUUUGAAAAUGACAAAUUGGUAAUAAUUUUAAUUGUCCGACAAGUAUUUUGUCUUUAAAUGUUGGUCAUAAUUAUUAUUAUUUUUCUUUUUUGCGCAUUUACCCCAAUUUUAAUGACCACAGGCACAGUCCAUUUGCAGUGGUGCAUGAUGACUUGUAAACCAUUUAGUCUUUUUUUCACCUAAAUUUUCCAGAUAUAUUUUUCCAGUGUUUAUCCAAUAAAGUAUGAUGACCUUAUCUGUUUU